UCCAAAUCAGACAUCACAUCAUACAACAAACGUAAACCAUGAAUUCGAAAAUUAUCGCUGCUUUCCUCCUCGUUGCCGUUUUGGUUGUCAUGACAACCACGGUGGAAGCUCAGAAUUGUCCCGAUGGAAACGGUUGGGCGUGCUGGGCGAAUCGAGGUCGACGUGAUAGCAUUUGCCCAGCGCGAAGGUGGAAUCGCCGAUGGACAAGAAGAGGAGGGUUCCUUGGGUUACAAACCUGUCACUGCUGUGGACGUUAAGUUUAUGCGGGUAAAUAUUUCCCGCAAAAAUAUGUACACUUUAAAAUUAAGUAUAAUUUGAUAAAAAGUAUGGACUUAAGUUCGGGCCAGUUAUGUAAUACUGGCGUUUCUUGUCAAAUAAGAAACGAAAGUAUGUAAAUUGAUAUAUCAAAUUAGAAAUAUAAAUAUGCAAUCAUUAAAAAGUUUUAGCUUCAAAUUCUUAAAAUUAUCCUCACCUAACAAAACAAUGCGGAUGUAUAUCAUCUAAAUACAUAAUCGUAGUCCUUUAGAUCACGUAGGAAUAGAAAGCACUUUAAUGUAGAACAUUUUAUUAAACAAAUUUCCGGAAAUUCCUAUCGUCUCUGCAUGAAUACGCUUCAAACCUGAUGAUAGGCACGUUUACUUUGGGAUUUCACAAUAAUAAACUUACUUGUUUUCAUUUUUUUCUUAAUUUUUCAUAUUUUUCUAUGCAUGUCUUGCGAAUAAUGAAUUGCAUGUAGCAUUAGAAAUAUUGACAAAGUUAAAAGCGCCAUCGUUUUCCACAAGAUCUUCUAUGUAAUCCUAAAUAAAAUAAGUUACUCCAAAUUUUGCUUGAUCACGAUCAUUCAAACCUAUCAAUCCCUUGGAGAAAUAUCCCUGCCAACUUGGCAGGGAUAUUUUUUGGCAGUGCCAAGCCAAAGUUUGAAUCUAAACCAGUGUUUACAUAACUCUAAAUCUGAUUCACAAGCUGAAUCCCUGGUUUUAUUUAAUUAUUCGAGUCAAUGCCUCAUCAAUUUGUUAUGUAAGCUCAAUCGUAGCAACAAUUAUUUAUGCGAAUUCUAGUCGAAAGUAGACACGUCAACAUUAAUCUCGAGCAGCAUUUACCGAGAAGAGUGACCAAGCUAGAUCAUUGGAAUUACCCAAAUGAUCGAUGCCAAUAUUUGCAGAUUAAGUGCAGGAUUAUAUUCCCAAUUUCAAAGAAUUUCUCUUCAUCAUCAUCGCUUCGUUGCUUAAAUUCGCUUAUAUAUUUACGCUUAUGUUUAUUAAUACAUAUAUACACAUUAAGCCGUGAUUAGGCCUUCAAUCAUUUCUAAUCACUAGGAUAAAUAAUAUGCGCAUUAAUCCUAUGGAUUUAAUCGGAGCCAAAAUUUCUGACCCAUUACCCUAUAAAAGUAAACUGUUCUCAUCGCCAUACAUAUUUUCACCGCCAGCGAACAACAACAAUCAAAUAGUAAAAAACAAGGAUAACACCAUGCAGAAAUUGUGCAUCGUGGUACUUAUCAUUGUUACAAUGGUUCACUGCAGGACCAAAGUAUCAGUGUGGGAAAAUCCGGGAUACACAGGUUCGUCUAUUUUAGAAUGCCCCCAUCCACAUUCAAAAUAUCACUUCAACAUUUACUUUCAGGCAGAGGGUCCUAUUUCGACGACCUUGAUGGGUUUCCACAUGGAAAAUUGGGCCUCAUGGCUAAUCUCGUUUCAUCCUUAAAAAUCGAUAUCGGCUCCUGUGUUGAAGCCUAUGAGUACGAUCCACCUGGCGGGGAAUGGUUUUGGACAACAGAAACAGCAAUUUAUCAACUUGACGAUGCCCUAGAUAACAGGAUAUCAAGUCUUAAGUCUUGUGGCAGAUAUACCGUCGAGUUGCACUGCCCAAGUGGCACGUUCGUCAAGAGGAUUGAGUGGGAUGGGAAGAACAGUCUCAGAGGGGGGCUAAAAUUACACUGCGUACCAUACUCUUCUACCACGGUGGUAUCAACACUUAGUCUGCACGAUAGUUUAGCAACGACGCAAGCAAAGGAUUGUUUGGAUGCUAUGAGAGGGAUUCAAUUCAGCAGAUCAAACGUUUUGGAGGUAGAUUACGCUAUGGAGCCGGACUGCAACCCGGGCUAUACUUAUGGAAACAGUAUCUAUUGUGGGAGUGGAUCUGCCCUUAUCGGGGUUUGGAUGCAAGUAGAAAACCGAUGUGUGCUCUUACGUAUAAUGAUUUAUAAAAUAUUUAUAAAAUUCGGACUUGGUUUCAAUUAUUAUGUCGUUAAAUUCCGAUUGAUGAAUUUUAGCACAUUACAUAAAAACUUCAAGAAUUCUCUGCUCCCCAUGGAUCAGUAGAAAUACUAGGGGGUCUGAAAUUGAUGACGUAAAGGUCGUUGAGCCUCUCUAUCGUAGAAAUUUUACAAGGUCGGCCAUUAUCAAUGGAGCUGCAACUGCUGGGCAAGAUGGCGCUGGUGAAAAGUGGCGACAGAUGUUCUUAAAAAUUAAGCCAAAACCGUUGGUCUAAACGCUGAC